AUGGAAGAAUUCAACAAGAAAGCCAAAGAGCAAGAGGAUUUGGGGAAGAAAAUUCAAACUCUCCUAACCAACGCGAGGAAAGACCCCGCAAAAAGAAAAACCCAGAAUUGGCGAUCCAAAAGAGCAGAGCAACUCGAAGAAUUUUGGAAUGAGAUUCAGCGAAACCAUGAAGAAUUGAAGCUAAAAGCGUUGCACGAAGAUGCGAAGAAAUACCUCGAAUCAGUACAGACGUCGCCCGACGUCGACCCGGAACAAGAAGCCCGCAUCCGACGUCAAUUAUUCAGACUACAGAAAAUCUCCACCGAGCUGACCAAACUAAACAGCGAUUUAGAUCAGGACUACAGCCGAGCCAGGUAUGAAUUUCUCGCCGAAAAAAUCCAAGAUCAUUGGAGAAGCAUCAUGGAACUGCAUGAAGAAAUCUACGUCCAUGAAAGGGAAUUCGAAGACAAAUAUUUCGCCGACGAAAUGUACGAGAAGACUGAAGAAAAGUACGAGGUUGUGGUCGAAAAACUGAAAGGAAAAAUCCAGUCCCCGUCCGCCCAUCAACAGGAGAAACCAAACAUCCAAUUACCCCAAAUUAAGCUUCCAACGUUUAGCGGGAAUUAUGAAGAUUGGCCCAUUUUUCACGAUCUAUUCAGCAAAGUCAUUCACAAAAAUACAUCGCUCUCCAACAUUGAAAAGAUGCAGUAUCUGAAGACGUACAUCAGAGAUGAGCCCAGCAGAAUCAUUCAACAUCUCCAGAUAACAGAAAAUAAUUACCAAACUGCAUGGGAGCUGCUGGCAAAAAGAUUUAGCAACGUAAGGCUUACCGUAAGUAAGUUGUUAGACAAAAUUUUGGAUCAGCCAAGGAUGCAAGAAGAAUCAGCAGAAAAGCUGAAAAAAUUACAUGACACGACAAAAGAAUGUCUAGAAGCAUUAAACAAUUUAGACAUUCAGACCGACACGUGGGGACCAAUACUCAUCAAAAUAGUAUCUCAAAAAUGGGACACAGAAACAAAUAGACUGUAUGAACAGUCAUUGAAUAACCCUCACGAUAUGCAAGAAUUCGAGAAGAUGAUGGAGUUCCUGCAAACAAGAUUUCUAUCUCUCGAGAUAAUUACGGCAAACAAGAAAGAAGAUGCGGAGUUUAACAAAGUGGAAACAAUUUCCAACUUAAAAUCAUGCAGAUAUUGCCAAGAUUCUCAUUCAAUUUAUGAAUGUCCUGAGUUCCAAGCUGAAUCGCCAGAAGACAGAUGGAGAUUCAUAAACAACGAACAGCUGUGUACAAACUGCCUAAGCCACGAUGCAGGCAAACAAUGCUUCAGCACAGCAUCAUGCCACAAAUGCAAAAGAAGGCACCAUACAUUAUUACACAACGACCGAAGAAGCAACCCAAAGGUCAACCAGCAAAAAACAUUCAACUCAACAAACAAACAAACUCCAAACUCUGGAGAGAACUCAACGAAGAAAAUUCAAAGCCAUGUAGGCAUUGAAAACAAACAGGUACUUCUGACCACAGCGCUAAUAAGAGUACGAACAGCAAAUGGGACCUACGAAUACCUACGAGCCCUUAUUGACCCGGGAUCACAGGCAUCGCUCAUAACAGAAGAGGCUGCAACACUCUUGUCGCUACCCAGAGAGCGCAUUCAAGCUGAUAUAACUGGACUUGGAGGAGAAAUACCGAACAAAUCAAACUCCAAAAUUAGAGUCGAGUGCGCUCCACGAUUUUCGAGUGAUUUCACACUCACAACAGACCUACUGGUACUACCAAAAAUUACAGAAUCUCUACCAGAAGAAGACAUCGAAACAGAUCUUCGGAUGUGGCAGAAUCAUAUCAUCGCGGAUCCAGUCUUCCAAGAUAAGUGCCCGAUUGAUAUAUUGCUGGGCGCGGGUGAAUGCCGCAACAUUUUUAAUUUUUAA